AUGAUUCCACCCAAAGUCGGAAAACUACCCAACGAACCAUUUUUUGAGCGCUUGGUCAAGGCUUGUAACGAGGUUCAGCAUGUCGUCAUCCACGACCCUCAGAACGGCGUAGAUGCAAACUACACUCAAUUAUUCACCGAUGUGCUGAAAAUGCGGCAGGCCAUCUAUGAAGCACUCCCUCGAUCGAUGUUUGAUGGCAAACGACUAAUUGUGGAGGAAACACCGUUCAUUUUUAUUCUCGCUCCAGGAAACUAUGAAUUCAUCGUUGCCUCUUUCGCCAUUCUUGGGUUGGGAGGGGCUAUAGUGCCAUUGUGUAUGUUUCAGAGACUUCGUUACACCGUCGAGGAGGAGAGAAAACGAGUGGAAGUGCAGAAUGCUAACCACCAGUGCUUCCAAGCAACGUCUGUGUUGCCUGAGGAAGCCCAUAAUCUGCUGCAAAGGUGCAACUCAUCCUCCAUCCUCGCUGCGCCCCAAUCCCUGAAACGUGCCAUAGAAAUCCAGCAAUACGUUGAUUCCCAGCAGGACGGCGGAAAGGUCGCCAUCGUACCCAUCACGAUCAAGUGUAGUGCAGUUUCCGUUCCCCAGGUCGAGAUUGACAAGGAGAUGACCAUUGCGCCCACUCGACCCAGCCUGGUCCUGUUCACCUCCGGCACCACAGGCCCUCCAAAGGGCGUCGUUCACGACCGGACGAUUUUCUACACAAGCCCGGGCUUGACCCCUGAUGAUGUCCUAUUGAGCCACCGCCCAGUCCACUGGGUCUCCGGAACGCUGCCCCUGAUCAAAGGAUUGAUGGAAGGUUCGCGCGUCGAAAUCACGGAGCCUGAUGUUCAAGUGAUCUGGGAAAGGCUACGAAAAGGAGGCGUCACACUUCUUACUUGCGGCCCUCCCAUGUAUACGAAGCUCAUGAAACAUUUCCAGGAGGGAUUAAAUGUCCUAUCCCCUGAAGAGCGCGAUGAAUACGUUCGAGGCGCGCGCGGACUUCGACUUGCGCGUGUCAGUGGGCAAGUCAGUGCGCCAUCUAUGCUGCGAUUCUGGCGAGAAGUCAUUGGGAAACCAUUGACCGUUUGCUAUGGAUCGACUGAGAUGGCUUCGCGUGCUCUCCAAGGUACUGCCCAUACAGAUGCAUAUAUCGAUCGGUGCAUCGGGAGGCCAGUUCCCGGCGUCACAGUCAAGCUAUCCGAGGGAGACCACGGGGAGCUCCUGAUCAAGGGACCGUCCAUGUUCUCCCAUUAUCUCAACGAUGAAGCCGCUACUCGGGCGGCUUUCGACGAUGAAGGAUUCUACAGAACUGGAGAUCUCGCGCAUCGAGUUGGAGAUCAGUAUGUACUAGAUGGUCGGGCAUCCGCGGACUUUGUACGACACCGCGGCGGCUAUAAGGUCCCUGUGCUGGAAGUCGAAGCGCAUCUUCUAGAGCUCCCUUAUAUCUCCGAAGCCUAUAUUCUGUCCGUGCCAGACUUGCAGGAUGGAGCACGAGUUGCUGCACUGGUCCGCUUGCGAGUCCAGCAGACUUCGCAUGGUGCCCUAGAGUGGACAGAGGAAAAACACAAGGUAGACCUACGAACCAUCAGAUCCGACCUGGCGGACAAGCUAUCCAAGUACAAGCUUCCAACCGCGUUGCGCAUUUUGCAAGACGGCGAGACUGUUCCUGAGACCAGGACGGGGAAGCCUAUACGGAAGCAGGCAGUGGAGAGGUAUUUCCCUGUCUCUGAAGACUUCGCCUUGCCCGCAGCUGUGGAGGUAUGGGAUUUUACCAGCCCAGAAGAAGAUCGGCCAGCGCGGGCAUGGGACUGGGCUGGCUUGCAAAAGCAAGCUAUAUGA